AUGGGCGGUGUUUUCACCAAGCUCAUUCCCCGCAACACAGACUCGCUGAAAAUCGAGCUGUACGUCGCCUGUGGGAUUUGGAAUCCUGCGACACCAUUUGUUACAGGAAAAAUGCUCCUUGCCCGUGCUCUUGCCGCGAGCUGUCGGGCUAAUGGCAAGGGAGUCUCCUUCUUCAUGCGCAAGGGCGCUGACUGCCUGUCGAAAUGGGUCGGUGAGGCUGAACGCCAACUUCGUCUUCUGUUCGAGGAGGUGCGUGACUGCCAACCGAGCAUCAUCUUCUUUGAUGAAAUUGAUGGUUUGGCACCCGUCCGGUCAUCGAAGCAAGACCUUACGGGUCUAUCGACCACGACUUGUGCUCCAUGGGUCUGCUGGUAUGGGACAAGGCUAUUUAGGAGCCGCCGCCCUCCAUCAUUUGGAGGGAUAUCAUGUUCAAACUCUCGAUCUGGGGACACUUAUGGGUGA